AUGGCGAGGUCGGGGCGACGAGAAAUGAGACCUGCGGGCGAAGGCCGGGCGGUGAGCGGCGCGGCCUGCACUCCCGCCCUCCGCAGCGAGAUGGCGCACGCGAGCCGCAGUGUUCCUGGAGGCCUCGGCCCCUCCCCCAACCCCCUCAAGACCAUGUUUCUCUUCAUGAGACUCAAGGCGCCUCUGCCAGCCGCCACCCAGCGCCUGCCCACCCAGAUGAAGCCCCACCACCUGCCCGAGCACCUGGCCACCGAGAGCCCCCACCAGGGCCAGCACCAGCACCAUGGCCAGCCUGUGCACCCUGAGGAUCUUCGGGUCAAAGAUGACAACCUCGGUGGGGAGGGGGGCACGAAGCUCUUGGGGGGCUCCGAACCCCCAGGCCCCCACUGCAACGGGGGGAUCCGGAGCGACUGGCUCUCUCCCCCCACCGCGGCCCCUCCCCCGCGGCCCCAGGCCCUGGACUCUUUCUGGGCCGGGCGUGCGACAGGAGAGGGCUCAGGGGCGCCCAAGGUGCGGCGGCUGGACCGCGGACACCACUCCCCACCCCCGGCCAGCAGGACCCUGCGGGCCCUGAACCCCCCACCUGGGCCCAAAUCCAGCUCCCCAGCGGCGCAGCCGCGAGCCCCGUUAUUUGCCCCCCCAAAUCCAGCCCCCUCCCCAGCUGCGUCGCUGACAGAUCCUCCCGCGACAGCGCUCCACAAACCCCCUCGCGGGCCAAAUCCAUCCCCCUCCCGGCGGCGGGGCCCUCAGGCCCCCAUCCUAGCGCCCGACCGGGCCGCCCCAGCGGACGAUUCAGCCCCCCAGCUGCGUGCCGACAGACACCCCGGGACUGCGCCGCCCCCAGCCCCCUCCCGCAGACGCCCCGGGGCGCUUACCUCGGAGCCGCCGCGCCGCGACCGGGCCGGAGCCACGCAAAACCCGGCCCGGAGCUACAACGGCGCGGAACGGAAGGAGGAGCUGGGUGGGCGGCAGGAGGCGCUGGAGGCGGAGGCAAGCCCUCCCUUGCCCGUGGCCUUGGCCAGACUGGACUCCUUGGCGAUCUAUGCCUUCAACAUUGCGGGUUUUGUGGGCGCCCGCGUCCGCCGACACCUUCCCAGCGCGGCCGGCCUGCGGCCCGGGGUCCGAGGGGGCCAGGGGAGACCCGGAGGGGCCCAGGAGGCCUUGGGGGCCGCGGGAUGGGCUGAGGCUGAGCCUGGCCUGCCUGAGGCGGCAGCUGGGCAGCGCAGACGCGAUUCUCCUCGGACAGAUUUUUCCCUAGUCCCAUAUCCCCCUCCAACCCCCCCAGAACGGCAGCUGCUCAGGCGGCAGAUGCGCCGGCUAAAUCCGUCCAGCUGGUCCCUCCGCAGAGCUAACCGCCUAGAACCCAUUGUGGGUAUAGAUCACGAUGGUGGCAAGACGGCAGCGAUGAUCAUAGCCCUGCUCGUGGAGCAGCCCCCGGGUUCCCUCCGAUCUCCUCCCCCACCUCCCCAGUCAGCUGUGUUCGUAUUUAUAGCGGUGAGGGCCCCUGUCGCUUUACUUCCGAAAGGGAUUGUGUCCCUUACUCCUGCCUUCAGAACCCCCCACACCUGUUCCCGGCACGAGCCUCGCCUCGCGGCCAGGGGGAGGGAGCGGCCUGGCUCUCGGGAGCCGCCGUGGGACAGGGGCACAGGCCGCCUCCCCGCUCUCUCCGAGGCCCCGCCCCUCUCGGAGCCCCCUUCUCCAAGUCUCCGCCUCCCGGAGCCCCCGUCUGAUCUCAAGACCCCCUCCCUGCACACCAACCCCGAGCCGCGUUCCCAGGCCCCCAAGGCCCCCGGCCCCGCCCGCCGGGGCUCUCCUCUGCCCUGCCCAUUGUCCUGGCUCCCGGUGCUGGGGGCUGGGCGGGCAGGGGGCUUGCGCGCAGGGGGCUGGAGCCCGCCCGCUGCCCACCGGUCUCUGGGCAACGCUGGCAAAGCCCGAGCGAUGCUGGCCCUUCCAGCGGGGACACAGAGGCGGCGCGGUUCCCCGGGAGGGGCCACAGCUGGGGAAGGGGGUCACAGACAGCAGGCGGGUCUCGCUGCCCCGGACCCCAUAAUGGGCUCUGGGCACGCCGGGUUCCCCGCGUCCCCCACAACCUCACCGCUGGGUUCGUCAGCGAAGCCCACAGCGCCCCUGGGGAAACCGGCCCAGGAGCAUUUUGGGGACAGGGCCUAG